GUCUUUUGAUUGUGUUUCCCUCAAAUUUAGAAGAUUUUCUUGCUAUUGGUAUCACAAAAACGCGUCAAGAAAUUUGUAUUUUUGACCAGAAUGCCAAUUAAGCUUAAAGAAAAUUUGUCAGGAAUAAAUGUCAGACAUCUGAAAGGAUGCAAAAAACUUCACCGACUUCUUCUAGCCCAUAUAUUUAUGUUAAUUCAUUCACGGUUUUGGAAGCAAUCAGUAAAGUUAUUCUAUGUAAGGUGGAAAAAUAUUAUCUUUUCAAUGAUGUACAAUAGAUUGCAAAACUUGUUUAUUGCCAUUAUGUUAAGUGCCCUCCUGUUACCUGUAUACAUCGUGUUUUGUAUGACUGAGUUAUUGCUAGCCGUUAUUUAUUAUCUAUUUCCAGUAGUCAACUGUUUUUUCAUUGUUUUGAAUUCUUUUUGUAUUCAGUAUUAUGAUUGUUUCCAUCGUAGAGGUUUUGUAGUGAAAUGUUGUAAACAUAUUUUCCUAAUACCUAUGUUGAUCUUAUUUUCCAUUUCCUGGUAUACGUAUUGCUUGAUAUUCUUUGAUGGGUUUUGGUUUUUGUGUAGAAUUAUCAUGUUAACGUACAGUGGCAUCGUUGCGUAUCCACAAUUAUCUUACGGAUAUCUUGUUCUUGUCUUUAUGACUUUGUUUUAUGUGGCAGAGAGUAUCAAUUCAUUUGGAGAGAGUUACAGAGAACUUUUAAAAGUAAGCUUAAAAGCUUGCGAAAAGUUUCAACAGAAGUAUGAUGAUGAUGCUGAAAUGGAUCAAGACAAAAUUAAAAGCAUCCGAACUAAAUAUGGCAUUAAGACAGAACUUUUUGAUUUGAUCAUAUGCAGUAAUUUGCCAAGAAAAAAUCAGUUGUUGAUUACGAUGUUAAAACUGACAUCGGUGAUAAUUGUGUUGAUAAUAUCAGUUGAGUUACUUGUCACAUUCGACAAGUUAAAAGAGCUCUCAAUCGUGAUGCAUGUAUUCACUGUUUUAUUUGUAUGUGCAUUACCGAAAAUUGUAAAAAUGAUGUGCUUUCAUAAACACAAAGAUAUGGCUCAAAGGAAAAUUAAACGAAACGUUUCAUAA